ACAGAUUACAAAAAGUAAAUAAGAUGGAAGUAGUCAAUUCGCUAAAAACUGAAUCUAAUGAAACGUUUUUCGAAGAAGACGGUAUACAAUACUCGGAUUUCGAAAACGUGGAAUACGAAGGAGACGAUUUGUCAUCAUUUAACCUUAAAAACAAUCACAGAAAGAGAACAAGAAACUUUACGCAUAACGAAAGCAAUUUAAUAUGUUCAAUUCUGCAAGAAUAUUUAGACAUAGUGGAUAACAAGAAGACUGAUCAAAAAACUAAUUAUUUAAAAAGCAAAGCUUGGUCCGAGAUUACUCGGAAGUUUAAUGAUCACACCAAAGACGAAGAGAGAACUCCAUCACAACUAAAAACGUUCUAUGAUAACUAUAAAAGGAAGCGAAAAAGAUUGAUGGAGAACGGAGAAUGUAUAGACUCCCACAACCACUUUGAGAAACCAUCCAUAGACAUCCUAACACACCAAGCAAAAGUAUUUAUGUCGGAGCGAUCGGAAACGUUGAAAAAGAAUUACAUCGAUGAAUAUCACAAGAAGCGAAUACAAUUAGUGGAUAAGGAAAUCGAGAAAGUCAAAGCUGCUACGGAACAACAACACAGGUUAUUCCUUCUGCAAGAAGAAAAAUUGUUGUUAGAAAUACAGGAAAUCAAAGAAAGGUUAAAAAAUCGGUCUACAAAUUGAUUAAAUCAACUCCACGACUUCUGGGACCCUUUUGUUUUAAAAAGUCGUUCCAAAUAAAUUAAUAGCAUAGUCACUGCAAUAAAACCGGAGAUAGAAUCUACUGAACUAUCGAGAUUUUCUUUUUUUAUUUUAUAUUGAUUUAU